AUGAUUUCCUAUUCUCUAUUUCUGUGCGUACCAUUGGUGUUAGCGCAAGUUCCUGUCUAUCUCCGUACACCUGCCCUUCCUGGAACUGUAUUAGCUGCUGCUCCUGUGGCUCAACUCCAAUGUCCCCAACAAUGCCUUCCAUCUUGUCUCCCAUCGUGCUUGGUUGCUCAAUCUCCGUCCGCUAUAUACCAACCAUAUGCACCAGCAGUCGCUGGUGCCACCCCAUAUCAAAUUGUACAAUCAGUUUCUCAACCUGUAGUUGCUCCAGCCCCAGUUGUUGCUAGUGGAUACCAACCAUACGGACCAGCCUACGCUCCAUACGGACCUGCAUAUAUUCCAGUGAUUCCAUCUUGUUUGAGCCAGUGUAUGCCCACGUGUGCUCCAACCUGUGUCGAGCAGGCAUCAACUCCCAAACCACAACGCGACGAUUUGCCAACUCCACCACCAGAGACAGUUCCAACGCCAGCUCCGGAAAUCCCAACUACGCCUUCUCAGCCAAUAGAUGUUGUUCCUUGCAAAUGCCUAAUCAAAAUUACCAUCACACAAGGAAACAAAGUGGUUUCGAAGUGCGGACCAAAUUCAUGCUCAUGCCCGAAGAACUAUACCCAAUGUGGAUCAAACUGCUGUAAAGCUUAA